AUUCCAAAGUCCAAUUUCUUUCCUUUUCUCUUCCUCCUAUCAUUUUCCAUCUCUCGAAAAAACAAAGAGAUGGAUAUCUCUCUCUCUGCGUUUCAUGGAAGCUGUCUCUUGCUUUCCUGAAAAUAUCUUCCUCAUUUCUUCCAAAUUCUUCUCUUAAAUUUCCCAAUCUUUCUCUUCUUCUUCGAAAAUCUCUCUGUCUCUCUCUGUCUCUGUCUCUCUCUCUCUCUAUAUAUAUAUACACAUAUAUUCAAUUUCCUUGAUAUACAACUCUCUCAUCGGAUUGUGCAGCGUUGAUUGUUGAAUUUCUGUUGGUGUAUGACGAGCGCAUCAGAGCUAUUUUACCAGAGGAGGUCGCGAGUGGGCAGAGCCACCACCGCCGAUUUGGAGCUCGACCCUUCAAGUUCUGACCGAAAUUUUCACCUUAAUUACGCUCGCCGCCACCAUCACCAUCGUAAUCAUACCCGGCAUGAUUUGGACGGAUGUGAUCCUCUCCGGAGAUCUCCGCACGUGCGUCAACUGUGCCAUCGUCUCCCUCAUGCUGAUCGUGCCUCAGGUCAACUUGAUCAAGGCACAAGUCAUUCUGUACCAAGCAGCAGUACCAGCUCAGAAACUUUGAGCGGCACAAGCAGGCCUAGACUGACUGGAAACGAAAGGCUUCCUGGAACUGUGCUACUUGCAAGGGCAAGACUUCUUGAGAGAUUGAGAGGCGUGUCACUCUCUGGACACAGGCGAAGUGGCAGAGUGUCAUUUGGCAUUUCCAGCAGGGAACAUACAUUUGGUGAUGAAGCAAGGGUUGUUGAGACAGGGGACUGGGGAACUGACAUUGCUUCGAGGUGGUCUGCCAGACAAAUCCCUCUAGCUGACCCAACUUCUCAAACAGAAAGAUUUCAAUUAGUCCAGGAAAUAUACAAGAAGAAACCACCUGGUUUAACUCCAGAGGAGCUUGCAAGUUUACCUAUAGAGUUAUUUAGCAGCUUGGAAAAGGGCUUUGAAAGCGAAAAUCUAGUGUCAUGGGAUUGUAGCAUCUGUCUUGAAAGUUUCAAGGAAGGAGAUAAGCUUAUUCACUUAGCAUGUGAGCAUAGGUUCCACGCUGCCUGUUUGAAUCCCUGGGUUCGAACUUGUGGUGACUGUCCAUAUUGUCGAAGAGAUAUAGUUGUAAGUCGUCACACGUCAUAAAUAGAGACUAGAUGCCCUUGAAAGAGAUUUUCCUUCGCCUUUUAUGGUGUUUAAUGACAGUUUUUGAUUUGACCGAGUUUAGGAUAUGGUUUGUAAUUUUGGUUCAUAUGAUGUUCAGUUCAUCAGCAGUUGAGUUGCAAACAAAAA